AUGAAGAGGCCUUUAUAUAAAAUUACAUAUCAAAUACACCUUGACGCAUUACAGGGUAUCGAAAAUAGCCAACCUUCCCCCAAGGUUCAAUAUGAUUACGCUUGUAUGCUCAUGUGUUCACCUCAAAGUGAGCACAUAAAACUUGCAAUCGAGCUCUUCGACGAGCUCAUUCGAAUCAGAUACCAGAGUGCCCAGUGCAUGUACCAAUUGGCUCUGUGCCAUAUGAAAAGAAGAGAAUACAAGAAGGCAAGACGUCAUUUAGAUAUGCUUCUAAGAUUGGAGCCACGGAACCAUGCAGCGCUUUCUCUACGGAGUCUCCUUUUCAACCUCCUAUCGGACGAUGCUAUGAAAGGAACACUUUUUGUUAUGAUGGCAUCCCUUUGUGCGUUUGCACUGUAUAAAUCAUGGAAGUAA